UGAGCCCCUCCUACAGUUUAGGGGUCACACCCACUUGAAUGUUCUUCAUAUGACGAACCUCCACCAGCCGAGUCUCCAACAGAGCAAAUGAGGAAAAUAUGAUAUAUUAUGAUUUAUGUUAGUAACAAUACAAUAUGGGAAUUUUAUCCCAAAGCUACCUACAGCUAACAUAUAUAUUUAUGUAUGUGAUCUAUGUAAAUAAAGGAGUAUAACACAGCUGUAAAACUGUGAAGGACUAUAUGGUGGAGGCCUACCCAUUUCCCAGGAGCAUUGUAAAAAGUGGAUUUGGGUACAGUGUUUAUUUCCCCCUAAUAUCUUUGAAGAUUACACCUAAAAUAAUUAGGCCUACUUCUUUCUACUGCUGAUCUGAGACCAUUAGGGUUAAACACUACAGAUAUAAAUGCAAUAUAUGGAGUAGAAAAGAUUGCCUGCCCACCAAAGAAUCAACAUACGUUCUACAUGGUCUAUUUCUAUCUGAAUGUAACACCUCAAUCAAGCUUGUUAAUUGAUCGUUAAGUCCUGUUUGUCAGGUAAAAGGUCAUUAGUGGCCUAUAUAAGCCUCAUACAGGCCACGGGAAGACAUUACCUGUUGAUAACACAGACUAUUCUCAUGAUCAUGGGAGGUGUGAGAGAAUUACUGCUCUUUGCGAUGACUGUGGGGGUUGUCAAAGUUUCUUGUUACCCUGUUGGAAAGUCCCAGAAGCAAGAGCAAGUCUCUCUGCAGAGCAGACUUGGAGAGCUGUCAUCAAAUGACGUCUCCAUUGUGCAUGCCCUGGCCUUGCUCCGAUCCAUAGGGUCUGACGCUAAACAAGACAGAGAAGAGAAUUUAGAGACUAAUGAAGUAGAAUCCCAAGCUUCUCCAAACCAUGGUAGCUCUACGGCAAAUGAUGCCCUGUCCUCUGACGACGCUACCUCUGGAGCUGCCCCUGGCCCGUCUGACGACGCUACCUCUGAAGCUGCCCCUGGCCCGUCUGACGACGCUACCUCUGAAGCUGCCACUGGCCCGUCUGACGACGCUACGUCUGAAGCUGCCACUGGCCCGUCUGACGACGCUACGUCUGAAGCUGCCACUGGCCCGUCUGACGACGCUACGUCUGAAGCUGCCACUGGCCCGUCUGACGACGCUACGUCUGAAGCUGCCACUGGCCCGUCUGACGACGCUACGUCUGAAGCUGCCACUGGCUCGUCUGACGACGCUACGUCUGAAGCAGCCACUGGCCCGUCUGACAACGCUACGUCUGAAGCAGCCACUGGCCCUUCUGACGACGCUACCUCUGAAGCUGCCACUGGCCCGUCUGACGACGCUAGCGCUGCCACUGGCCCGUCUGACGACGCUACCUCCGAGGCUGCCACUGGCCUGUCUGACGACGCUACCUCCGAGGCUGCCACUGGCCCGUCUGACGACGCUAGCUCUGCCACUGGUGCGUCUGACGACGCUACCGCUACCUCCGAAGCUGCCACUGGCCCGUCUGACGACGCUACCUCCGAAGCUGCCACUGGCCCGUCUGACGACGCUACCUCCGAAGCUGCCACUGGCCCGUCUGACGACGCUAGCGCUGCCACUGGUCCGUCUGACGACGCUACCGCUACCUCUGAAGCUGCCACUGGCUCGUCUGACGACGCUAGAGCUGCCACUGGCCCGUCUGACGACGCUACCGCUAGAGCUGCCACUGGCCCGUCUGACGACGCUACCGCUAGAGCUGCCACUGGCCCGUCUGACGACGCUACCGCUGAAGCUGCCACUGGCCCGUCUGACGACGCUACCGCUAGAGCUGCCACUGGCCCGUCUGACGACGCUACCGCUGAAGCUGCCACUGGCCCGUCUGACGACGCUACCGCUGAAGCUGCCGCUGGCCCGUCUGACGACGCUACCGCUGAAGCUGCCGCUGGCCCGUCUGACGACGCUACCGCUGAAGCUGCCGCUGGCCCGUCUGACGACGCUACCGCUGAAGCUGCCGCUGGCCCGUCUGACGACGCUACCGCUGAAGCUGCCGCUGGCCCGUCUGACGACGCUACCGCUGAAGCUGCCGCUGGCCCGUCUGACGACGCUACCGCUGAAGCUGCCGCUGGCCCGUCUGACGACGCUUCCGCUACCUCUGAAGCUGCCGCUGGCCAGUCUGACCAUGCCAUUGAGGAACUGUUAAUUUCUGCAUCUGAGCCCCCGUUGACCACAAACAUGGAUAUCUGAUGUGGGACAUGGUGCUCGGUGUCCAUGCAAGAGUUCAUGGGUAUUCUAGUCCAGGUUGUGUGUAACUGCAUUUUCUUGUUUUGGCUCAAUUAAACGUUAUCUGUAAUACUUGUGUCCUCAGUAUUGUUUUGACAGUUCCUACUUGCAGUUGAGGUCUAUGACUUGAGUAACUGUGGUGAUGGCAACAUUUAUUUUGCAUUAUAACCAUGCUUUGGCAUCAGCAAUAUGUUUACUUUGACCCCUGUGCUUAAAUCACCAUUUGCCUUAAGCUACAUUUGGUCAAAUUAUGCUAGUAGCAUCACAUGAUGUGGAAUGGGUUCUAGUUCAUUUAAACUUGAUGGUUGUGGAACUGAGUUUUGGGUUUGUACAUUAGGCUGUUGCUAGAAUCGGGGUUAAUGGUGUCAGUGCUAACUAAUAUCACGGUUGUCAACUUGCAUUUAAAUGACUCUUUUGGGUAUCUUCUCUCGUAACUGACUUGGUUUCCAAUUAGUGAAUGCUUACAUGUAAAACCAGCUCUCGUAUCAUUAGCCCAUCUUUUUGGCGGGUUGUCUUCAUAUCCCAGUGCCAAUCCAAACUUUCAGGUUUAAAUAAGUCAAUGCUAACCUGUCUUAGCUGGCAGGCUGCUAUCAUGUCCAGGCUCUCCCAGAGUUGCUUGUAGCGCCGCUAACCUAGGGUUUGAGGGCAGGAACAGUUUGACCAGGAUUUCCCACCCACUCCGAUUUACAUGGGAUAAACCAUUGGAAGAAACCGGUAAAUUUCUAUGUGAAGCGUGAGGAAGUCUGUUCAUACAGGCCUUCUCUAGCCGCAUGAUGAAGGUAUCUGCUGAUGAAGGUAUCUGCUGUAAUUCAAACAUUUCUGUGGCACCGCUUUACUCAAUUAUGCCAACCAAAUCCAGAUAGCAAAUGUUCUGAAAGAGCUGCAAAACCUGGACCCAUACAAAUCAGCUGGGUUUGACAAUCUAGACCCUAUAUUUCUGAAACUAUCCGUCGCCAUUGUCGCAACCCCUAUUACCAGCCUGUUCAACCUCUCUUUCAUAUCGUCUGAGAUCCCCAAGGAUUGGAAAGCUGCAGCGGUCAUCCCCUUCUUCAAAGGGGGAGACACCCUGGACCUAAACUGUUACAGACCUAUAUCCAUCCUGCCUAAGGUCUUCGAAAGCCAAGUUAAUAAACAGAUCACUGACCAUCUCGAAUUCCAUUGACCUCCUCCACUGUGCAAUCCGGUUUCCGAGCCGGUCACGGGUGCACCUCAGCCACGCUCAAGGUACUAAACGAUAUAACCGCCAUCGAUAAAAGACAGUACUGUGCAGCCGUCUUCAUCGACCUGGCCAAGGCUUUCGACUCUGUCAAUCACCAUAUUCUUAACGGCAGACUCGGUAGCCUCGGUUUUUCUGAUGACUGCCAUGUCUGGUUCACCAACUACUUUGCAGACAUAGCUCAGUGUGUCAAAUCGGAGUGCAUGUCUGGUCCUCUGGCGGUUCCGACCUAGAAUAUGUGGACAUCUAUAAAUACCUAGGUGUCUGGCUAGACUGUAAACUCUCCUUCCAGACUCAUAUCAAACAUCUCCAAUCCAAAAUAAAAUCAAGAAUCGGCUUUCUAUUUCGCAACAAAGCCUCCUUCACUCACGCCGCCAAACUUACCCUAGUAAAACUGACUAUCUUACCGAUCCUCGACUUCGGCGAUGUCAUCUACAAAAUAGCUUCCAAUACUCUACUCAGCAAACUAGAUGCAGUUUAUCAUAGUGCCAUCCGUUUUGUUACUAAAACACCUUAUACCACCCACCACUGCGACCUGUAUGCUCUAGUCGGCUGGCCCUCGCUUCAUAUUCGUCGCCAGACCCGCAGGCUCCAGGUCAUCUAUAAGUCCAUGCUAGGUAAAGCUCCGCCUUAUCUCAGUUCACUAGUCACGAUAACAACACCCACCCGUAGCACGUGUUCCAGCAUGUAUAUCUCACUGGUCAUCCCCAAAUCCAACACCUCUUUUGGCCGCCUUUCCUUCCAGUUCUCUGCUGCCAGUGACUGGAACCAAUUGAAAAAAAUCGCUGAAGUUGGAGACUUUUAUUUCCCUCACCAACUUUAAACAUCAACUAUCUGAGCAGCUAACCGAUCGCUGCAGCUGUACAUAGUCCAUCUGUAAGUAGCCCACCCAAUCUACCUACCUCAUCCCCAUACUGUUUUUAUUUCAUUUACUUUUCUGCUUUUUUGCACACCAGUAUCUAUACUUGCACAUCAUUAUCUGCUCAUUUAUCACUCCAGUGUUAAUCUGCUAAAUUGUAAUUAUUUGCUCCUAUGACCUAUUUAUUGCCUACCUCCUCAUGCCUUUUGCACACACUGUAUAUAGACUUUCUUUUUUCUACUGUGUCAUUGGCUUGUUUAUUGUUUAUCCCAUGUGUAACUCUGUGUUGUUCUCUGUGUCACACUGCUUUGCUUAUCUUGGCCAGAAUUUCUUGAUGAUGCUCUUCGAGACAAGUUUGUAUGUGGUCUCACAGGUGAAGCAUAUCACAGAAGGCUUCUGUCAGAGAAGGACCUGACCUUUCGGAAAGCCUGUGAUAUCGCACUUGGACUCGAGCUUGCCCACAGGGAUACUAUUGAGCUAUCGGGAUAUGCAGAACGUCAGAAAGGUGUUCACAAGGUCAGUGAUGCACGUGGUGAAAAAGGCUCACAAAAGUCACACUUUUCUCAGUCCCGUCCUCAAGGUUACACAAGAACAAAGCAGCCCACAUCUCAAAGGUCUAAGCCAAGUUGCUACAGAUGUGGGGGAGAUAAUCAUCAGCACAGUGAAUGUCGAUUCCAAAACGUAAAGUUCCACAAUUGUGGAAAGGUUGGACAUUUACAGAAAGUGUGUAAAGCCUCAAAACGCACAGCGAGAGCGCACUAAGUGUCAGACGCAGCACAAGAAGAGGAAGGUACUACUGAAACAGUAUUGGAACUGUCCACAGUGUACACAGCUCAACAACAAAAAGAUGGAAUCUAUCUCAACAUGGAGUUAGCGUGAAAACCGGUAAAAAAGCAGCUGGACACGAGCGUCUGUAUCUCUGGUUCCAGAGAGACUCUACAAAGAAAAACUGAAAGAGUGCCCUCUUCAGCCAGCGUCCAUCCGCCUUUCUUCAUACACUGGUGACACUAUUCCUGUGUUAGGGCAGAUCCAGGUACCAGUCCGGUAUGAGGGGAAGGAGUGGACGCUACCGCUUGUCAUUGUUAAAGGAGAAAAAUCAGCCUUGCUAGGCAGAAAUUGGCUACAAAAGAUCAAGUUGAACUGGGGAGAAAUCUUCAGUCUGAGAAAGGACAAACCAGUGAGUCAGGCUACACUCACUAACAUGCUGGAGAAGCACAAAGAACUUUUCAAAGAUGGCUACGGCGAAAUACAAGACUUCACAGCAAAAGUCAGAGUGCAAGAAGGAACCAAGCCUAUCUUUCACAAACCACGUCCAGUUCCCUAUGCUCUUAAGGAAGCAGUAGAGAAGGAACUGGACCGCCUACAGAAGAAUAACAUAAUCACGAAAGUAGCGAGAAGCGACUGGGCCGCUCCGAUUGUUGUAGUCCCAAAGAAAGACAAGACCGUCAGAAUGUGCGGUGACUACAAGGUCACAGUAAAUCGCUGCAUACUACCAGAGGAAUAUCCACUACCAAACGCUGAAGAUCUGUUUGCCACUCUAGCUGGUGGGAAGGUUUUCAGUAAGCUGGACCUGGCAUUUGCUUAUCAGCAACUGAAGCUGGAUCCGGAGUCAGAACAGUAUCUGACCAUCAAUACACACAAGGGGCUAUUCAGAUUCAAUCGCUUGGCCUACGGAAUCUCGACAGCUCCAGCGAUAUUCCAACACACAAUGGUUUAGGACAUUCAACAGCAUGUAGGCCACUGCUCACCUUGUGAAGCUGUUCGCAACAAGCCUGCUGCUGCAGCUCUUCAUCCAUGGUCCUGGGCUGCGACACCUUGGGAACGCAUCCAUGUGGAUUACGCCGAGAUUGACAAGCAACAUUUCCUUGUUGUCGUCGAUGUCCAUUCCAAGUGGAUGGAAGUGUUCCCUACUCAACUGACCACAGCUGAGAAGACCAUCAAUCUUCUCAGACACCUGUUCGCAUCCUUUGGACUAGUCAAGGAGCUCGUAUCGGACAAUGGCCCUCCUUUCACGUCAAACGAUUUUGAAAUGUUUCUCAAGAACAAUGGAGUAAGGCACAUCCUGUCACCACCUUACCAUCCGGCAUCAAACGGAUCAGCGGAGAGAGCCGUGCAAACCUUUAAGAAGGCCUGGACUAGACUCGAGGUCCAGUCUGUGCCCACCCACCAAAGGCUUCCCCGGUUCCUGUUUACUUACCGUAACACACCACACACAGUAACGGAAUGUACACCAGCUGAACUGUUUCUGAGACGCCAACCACGUACCCGCCUGACAUUGUUGAAACCAGACUUGUCAAGCACUGUGGCAAAGCACCAGCUACAGCAGAAGAAAGCUCAUGACAGACACUCAAAGACUGUCAGAGAAUUCAAAGAGGGAGAGAUGGUGAUGGUACGUGAUUUCAGACACCCCAAGAGCCUGUGGAACCCAGGUGUGAUCUUGCAACGCAAAGGGCCUUUGACUUACCAAGUCCAAAUUGGUCAUCGCCAGGUCAACGUUCAUGUGGAUCAUCUGCUACGGUCCAACGCCCCAGCAGAGACACGGCGAGAGAACAAUAAUGACUCCCAGGACUAUUCUCCUGACUGUGGACGUACGGGAGAGACAGAGCCUGACCUUCCACCCGAACCUGGCCCAUCACCGGAAGCCCAGGAGGAGCGGAGAUAUCCUAUUCGACAGCGAAAGGCACCUCAAAAGCUUGACCUGUGAGUUGAGCUGUUUAAGGUAACAGACAGUAAAACAAACAAACACUUUAAUAUGUCCUAGAUAAAAGGAAAGAAAAAGGACAUUACCUGGGUUAGUUAUUAGGACACAAACUCCAUCUUCGGGGCAGAAUAAUCCCCUGGAUUUGUGCUGGGCUCUGAAAAGUCUGCUUCAACCCAGUAGUUGAAAAAUGUUAAGAAUGCAUUGUUCAGAUAUUGCAUUAGUAGUUCCCUAACAUAUUUACCUUGUUCUCUGGGAGUUAAACACUAUGGGGGAGGAGUGUAGUAUCUGGGAUCUACAUCUGUUUAUAUUAGUUACUAUGCUGUUACUAAGCAGUGAUGUAUUACGACAGUGUACGUUACUACACCUAAUAGGAAAUGCACAUGCGCACUAGUGUGCCCGGGAAAACUGUAGAGCACGAGAGGUUUUGACUAAACGAAAACUGACUGUA